AUGGCUAGUUUGUAUACAGAAACAACCCCAGCGGUGGUCAAGAAUGCUAAGGGUUUACAUCUUAUCACCUGCUUGACUCCUAACGGAAAGAAAGUCCAGAUCCUGCUUGAGGAAUUGAAGGAUAUCUAUGGACUAGAGUGGACAACUUCUUUGAUAGAUAUUGACACUGAUGAGCAGAAGAAACCGUGGUUUCUGAAGCUCAACCCUAAUGGGAAAAUCCCCGUGCUCAUUGAUAACACGGGAGAACAACCUUUCCCGGUGCUGGAGUCAUCAGCUGAGCUACUCUACCUUAUCGAGACGACGGACAAGGAUCAUCAGCUGAGCUUUUCCAAUGUCAAAGAGCAGUCUCAGAUGAUGCAGUGGCUUAUCUUCUGGCAUGCUUCGGGUCAGCCAAACCAAAGCCAACUGAACCACUUUGGAAGAUUUGCUCCUGAACAGAUACCCUACGCCAUUGAGAAAUUCAAGACCGAAACUCUACGCAUUUACAACGUACUUGAGAUCCACCUUUCUGGGCGUUUGACCUGUCAGGCUCGGGAAUAUCUUGCGGGAAACGGUCUUGGCAAGUUCAGUAUUGCUGAUAUUGAUGCAUAUCCAUGGGUCCAAGCAUGGAAGCGUAGCAAAAUUUCAGAGGAGGAGAUGGCGAGUUACCCGCACUUGAAGGAAUGGAUAAACCGGAUUGGGUCCCGACCAGCUGUACAGAGGGGAGUUAGUGACUUUUACGACGAGGCCAUUCAUCCCGAAUUACUCAUUAGCACCUGA